ACCCCCACCCAAAAAAACCCCCAAACGCUCUCUCUCUUCUCUCUCUCUCUCUCUCUUUCUUUCUCUCUCUAGACUUUCUUAUUCUUCUUUAUCUUACUCUACCUAAACGCAGAAGACAGCUGACCCUCCCAAACUCAGAAAAUUUAGAAGAAAAUAAAUAAAUUGGGAAAAAAAAUAAAACCCGUCUUUGUUAAGCGGUGCGAGAGGGGUGACAGAGAAGCGAACGUGUGAUUGAAUACGGUUGUUGGACUGCUGAGUCAGUGCUAAAAUGGGCAUUUUCGAGGAAAUGGGCUUUUCCGAUAAUCUCGAUUUUCUCUCUCCUCGAGAAGUCGAAAUUACCCCGGAGGUCGAUCCAGUGGAUGAAGACUACAGCGAUGAAGAAUUAGAUGUGGACGAACUGGAGAGACGUAUGUGGAAAGACCGAAUGCUCUUGAAACGCCUCAAGGAGCAGCAGCAGAACAAAACCAACGGUGGUGGCGUUGCGAGGCCGCACCGUAACUCCCAGGAGCAAGCGCGCAGGAAGAAAAUGUCCCGCGCCCAAGACGGGAUCUUGAAGUACAUGCUGAAAAUGAUGGAAGUGUGCAAAGCACAGGGCUUCGUGUACGGUAUAAUCCCUGAAAACGGGAAGCCCGUCACUGGAGCUUCGGACAAUCUCCGCGCUUGGUGGAAAGAGAGGGUUCGGUUCGACCGGAACGGGCCCGCCGCAAUUGCUAAAUACAGCGCCGAGAAUUCUAUUCCCGGGACAGUCAAUGAGGGGUCGUUAAGUGCGGUGGUUUCGACCCCCCGCACGCUCCAGGAGCUUCAGGACACUACAUUGGGUUCGUUGCUGUCGGCAUUGAUGCAGCACUGCAAUCCGCCGCAGCGGCGGUUCCCACUAGAGAAGGGUGUGCCGCCGCCGUGGUGGCCGACCGGGGAGGAGGAGUGGUGGGCCCAGCUGGGGUUGCCGGAAGGGGAAUCUCCUCCACCACCGUAUAAGAAGCCGCACGAUCUGAAGAAGGUGUGGAAGGUUAGUGUUUUAACGGCUGUGAUCAAACACAUCUCCCCCGAUAUUUCAAAAAUACGCAAGCUCGUCCGCCAGUCCAAGUGCUUGCAGGAUAAGAUGACUGCAAAAGAGAGUGCCACCUGGCUCUCGAUUGUUAACCACGAAGAGGGUUUGUCGAGGAAGCUGUACCCCGACAGCUGUCAGCCGUUGAUUGGUGGUGGGGCCGGAUCGUAUUUGGUUAGUGAUAAUAGCAGUGACUAUGAUGUGGAAGAUGAUGAAGUGGAAUGCAAGAAAACCCUUGAUAGGAAUCUUUUCGGUUUUGGUGUUUCUGUGGCUAAAGACGAGCCUACUUUUGUCGUGCCACCGUUCAAUCCGGUUAAAGGAGAGAUUUUUGACGUUGAUUCGGAUUUUUUCCCGAAAAGGAAACAAGUUUCUUCUGCGGAGGAGGAGAAUAAUCAAAACGGGGGGAACGUGUAUACGUGCGAGUUUGUGCCGUGCCCACACAGUGAUUUUCGAAUGGGGUUUAGUGACAGAACGUGGAGAAACAAUCAUCAAAAUAAUUGCCAAUUCCGCUUUAAUUCUGCUCCGACGAAUAGUAAUCUGCCAGCUCGUGUAGAUGUUUCUGAACUUGGGCUUCCGGAAGAUGGCGAAAGAAUGAUUAACGAGCUCAUGUCUUUCUAUGAUAACAAUAACAAUAAUAAUAAUAAUACCAAUACCAGUAGGUUCGAUUCCGGGAAUUUCAAUGCUCUUGUAGAUCAGAAUCGUCCACCUCAGCAGAUUGGGCACGACGGUAAUUUCGGCGAACAGGGAGGUUUGUUUGGUGGGCGGGGCCCGUUUCAAGAAUCCGCUUUCCCGUCAACGGAAAUUGGUGGAUUCGGUUUUGACUCGCCGUUCAAUUUCACGCAGGCCGACUAUUCGUCGUCGUCCAUGGAUCCUUCGUCGAGGCAGGAAGUAUCUUUGUGGUACCUUUAAGAGGUGUGUGCAAAAGAUCCCUACUACUACAUAAAGGCUAUGUAAGAAGCCACGUCAUCGUGUGCCCGUUUAACUUUCUUAAUAUAGUAUGUGCUGUAGAUAAAGUGUGUUUUACUGUGUGUUGAACUCUAGCUCUUUAGUUUAGCAAGUAUUGUAUUUGACUUAAUUAUGGAGGGGGAGGUUGUGCUUUCUUCUUCUUCUUGCAUGUGUUUUUGUUUUUGAGAUGGUGAAGACAAUAUGUUAUUUGUGGGAGUUGUGUAAUAAAUAUAUAUAAUGCAUGUGAAUUAAUUAUUAAUCUAAUGUUUGAUA